CUGUGUGUGUGUGUUUGUGAGUGUGGAGCCUCUGAGGGAAGCGACAUGAAGCACUCGGCUCUUCUUGUGUUAUUUCUCUGCUCUGGCGCUGUAUCCGGGGCAGUGUUCCUGAGGAGAGAGGACGCCAGCUCUCUGCUCGCGCACAGCCGCCUGAGGCGCGCCAACUCGGGCUUCCUGGAGGAAGUGAAGGCGGGAAACCUGGAGCGCGAGUGCAUCGAGGAGAUCUGCGACUAUGAGGAAGCGCGCGAGGUUUUCGAGGACGACGCGCUGACGAAACAAUUUUGGAUAUCAUACCAUGCUCGUGAGCCUUGCUUGACCAAUCCAUGCAAAAACAAUGGGACUUGCAUAUAUUUGGGACACUCCUACAUCUGCCAGUGUCCUGAAGGCUUUGAGGGCAAAUAUUGUCAAGAAGUGUUUGAGGAUACUCUGAAGUGCCUGUAUCUGAACGGUGGCUGUGAACAGUUCUGUGAUGGUUCAGGCCGCAGGAGGAAGUGCACAUGUGCCCCGGGUUACGCUCUUGGAGAGGACAGGAAGUCCUGCAUUGCUCAAGUUCAAUAUCCAUGUGGUAAGGCUCCACUUCAGAUAACACAUGCUGUUUUAUCACGUGCUGUGGGUGGAAAUCAGUGCCCAAAAGGCCACUGCCCUUGGCAGGUCCUUCUGAAGCAUGAUGGAAAGAACCUCUGUGGAGGAGUUUUAGUGGAUGCGAACUGGAUUCUUACAGCUGGCCACUGUGUCGAUAAGAGAUAUCCAAAACAUCUGAAGGUUAUAACAGGGGACCAUAAUAUUGACGUGGCAGAAGGCACAGAGCAAACCUUUUCUGUAUCGCAUGUAAUUAUCCAUGAGAGCUAUGAUCCAGCAUCAGGAGACAGCGACUUGGCUCUUUUGCGGCUCAGUGAACCAGCUACACUUUCAAACUACACCAUUCCUAUCUGUCUGCCAACUCUGGAGUUUGCCAAAACGGAGCUGGAUGUCGUUCGCUUCCACAUCGUUAGCGGAUGGGGCCAGCGCACUGAAGGAGGCAACAUUCAUAGCCAUCAGUCCUCUAAAAUCACAUCCUCUGUACUCCGCAUGCUUGCUGUCCCAUUCCUGCCUAAAGCAGAAUGCUCCGCUAAGAGUGGCGUUAAUAUCACCAAUAAUACGCUCUGCGCUGGUUAUUUUAAGGGCAGCGAGGAGUCUUGUCGAGGAGAUGACGGCAGUCCCCUGACUACUCCGUACAAGGGGACACAUUUCCUGACUGGGAUAGUGUCCUGGGGUAGAGGAUGUGCCCAUCCAGGCUUCUAUGGCAUCUACACCAAGGUUGCUAACUUCCUGGAUUGGAUUCAGCGCGGCAUAGCUACUCCAAUCGCCCAACCAGAUGCUCUCAACGCAUCACAUACUUCAAUCGUGGCAGCACCUCCUGCUGAGCAGUUCAGAACAAAGAACUGAGUUUAGCUUGUCUAAGAUAAGAGCAUAUCUAAUCAGUUGCUGAUCUGAUUUUCUCAUUAAAUUCAUUAUCAGCUUUG